AUGGACGCCGCAACCAUCGAGGAGACGAAUCGCAUUCGCGUUUCUCUGGGCAUGAAGCCGUUGCCGGUACCUGGUGCCGCCCCAGCUGCUCCGCAACGCGACAACUCUGCUUCAGAUGAUGAGGAUGCGCCGAGUACGUUGGAGAGCCGCUCGGCGCAAGCAUACGACAAUUACAAAAAGGUCCGCGACGCGGAAGUCGCGAAGCGCAACCGAGAGGAGCGAGCCGCGGCUGCGAAAAGGGAAAGAGAGGCUGCGCAGCGUCAUGCAAUUCUCGAGGGCAAGAGCCUGGGCGAGGCAGAGGAUGCCGACGGUGAUGCGAAGGCGUGGCUAAAGGCCCAGAAGAAGCGACAAAAGGCUAUCGAGAAGGCGAGAAAGCUGGAAGAGGAACAGGCUGCCGCAGAAGCUGCCGCGCUGGCGGCGGUUGAGUACACGUCAAAGGACUUGGCAGGUGUGAAGGUUGCCCACGAACUCGACAACUUUCUCGACGGCGACGAGCAGAUCUUGACCCUCAAGGACGCCACUAUCGAUCAAAACGAAGAGGAGGGCGACGAGCUUGAGAACAUGGACCUCAAGGCCAAGGAGCAGCUGCAAGAAAGGAUGGAUAUUAAGAAGAAGAAAUCAGCAUACGACGUAUUCGCUGCUGCAGACGGAGGGACAGAGCAAGGUAUCUUGGCUCAAUACGACGAUGAGAUUUACGGCAAGAAGGGCAAGAAGUUCACUCUUGAUGGAUCUGGUGCGAUUGCGGAGUUGGGCGACAUCUUGGGCGCACCCGAGAAGUCGAACAAGCUGCAGAACAUUGACCUCGAUGUCAUUCAGGAUGCGCCUACUUCGGAUUACCUUGAUAUUUCGGAGAUCAAGGUCAAAAAGCCCAAGAAGAAGAAGUCCAAGUCAACCCGGCAGAAACCUGUUGAUGAGGAUGACAUCUUCCCUCUCGAUACAACGCCAGCCGGUGACGACAUGAUGGACCUUGACUCUGGCGCAGCUGUUGCUAAGAAGCGUAAGGUCGAGGAUGACACUUUUGUCGAUGAUGAGGACUUGCAGGCGUCUUUGGCCAUCCAGCGCAAAAACGCUUUGAAGAAGAGGAAGAGGGCUCGCCCGGAAGACAUCGCUCGGCAACUCAGAGAGCAAGUCGACGAGCCGACCGAAGCUCAAACGGGCGGCGUCGUAAUCGACGAGAUCUCGGAGUUUGUGUCUAAUCUGAAUAAACCAGAACAGGAAGAACGCAAGCCAAAGAGGCCAAAGUCUGUGUCAGUAGAGCCCGUCACGGCUAUGGAUGUCGAGUCGGACGACGAAGACCAUCCCAUGGGCGACGGUAGCCACGAGAUUCCAGACGACAGAGCCAGAGAAGCUUCCGCAGAUAUUGCGGCGACAGGCGUUGACGAGGAGAAGACCAUUAGCACAGGCAUGGGCUCGACACUGGCGCUAUUGAGAGAACGUGGCAUUCUCAAAGAUGCUCACGGUGCCGAGCUGAACAUGAGCGAGCGCCAGAAGGCCGAGUUCUUGGCAGAGAAGAGACGCAUUGAGCGGGAGCAAGAAGAGCGAGCCAGAUCCCAGCGCGAGCGCGACAGAAACAGCGGUCGACUGGAUGCCAUGUCUACCAGGGACAGGGAAGAGCGCGCCAGACAGGCCAACGCCCACCGCGAACUACAGCAAUCCCGCGUCGUCGACGAGCUCUUCAAGAAGCAUUACAAGCCCAACGUAGAGCUCAAGUAUGUGGACGACCACGGUCGGACCCUCGACCAAAAGGAGGCCUUCAAGCACAUGAGUCACCAGUUCCACGGCAAGGGCAGCGGCAAGGGUAAGACCGACAAGCUUCUGAAGAAGAUUGAGGAGGAGAAGCGACGCGAGGCCAAGCCCAGCUUUGACACGAGCGAAAACGCAAAUAUGAGUUCAUCAUCGGCUAAGCGGCAGGCCGGUGUUCGAUUACAAUAA